AUGGCAUCUCUUGUCAAUAUAUGCAGUGUAAAUGUGUUGGACAACCCAUCAAAGUUUACCGACCCAUUUAAAUUAGAGAUCACUUUCGAAGUAUUCGAAAAUCUUGCUGAAGAUCUGGAUUGGGAAUUAUUGUAUGUUGGAUCUGCAGAAUCGGAGAAGUAUGACCAAGUGCUCGAUUCAGUUCUCGUAGGUCCUGUUGUGGAAGGUCGGCACAAAUUUGUUUUUCAGGCUGAUGGACCAGAUGUAUCAAAAAUUCCUCAGGAUGACCUUGUUGGUGUCACAGUGUUAUUGUUGAAAUGCAGUUAUAUGGAACAAGAAUUUAUUAAUAUUGGCUGGUUUGUCGCUACUGAGUACACUGAGCUGGAGUUGAGGGAGAACCCACCCACCACUCCUAUUUUAGAGAAGCUGGAACGUAAAGUCUGUACAGACGACGUUCGUGUUACGACAUUUCCUAUCAAAUGGGUGAAGAAUCAGGACGAUGAAGCUUCUGAUGGUGGUGAAGUAGAUGGUUUGACAGAUGGAGUGAGAGAAUUACCAGUUGAUGGAAGGACAGCUGAAAACCAGUCAGCUGAUGCUGAGAGUGCUCCUCCAGUUCGAAAUUUGGCAGGUAUUCUACUUCAGAAAGUGAAGUUGAUAGUAAAAGCAGAUAUGUGUGCUAAAAAUUUUUUUUCUUUCUUCUAG